AUGCGUGAAGUUGAAGCUCGGAGGAAGUUCAGACAAGGUGGAUGCAAAAGUGUACCUUCACUACUUGGAUAUGGCCAAUCCGUGCAAGGGGAACAGGGACCUGUACCUGGAGGAUACAUAACCUAUAUUGUUUGGGAAAAGGUCCCCGGGCAGGUCCUCACUCCGGAUGUCUUCUGGUCAUUCGAGCGAUCAAAACGUGAUCUCGUUCGCCGAAAGUUCCGGGCUGCAUAUGAGGAAAUGACGUCCUUUGGCUGGGCUCCAGGAGGGGAGGAUAUCACGAAGAUUAUAUGGGACGAUGAAUCCGCCGAUCUAUGGAUUACGGGGUUUGGCAGUUCGUUUCCAACUGACGAAAAGUGGGAGGAUUGCGUUCUGGCUUAUUACGGCUUGGUCAACCCACCCGCGUCCGGCCCCUCCGGCGGUUGUAGGAACCUUGAUAAUUGGGAAUGGUGA